AUGGAAGCUAUGUUUUCAUGUGGCAGAGUUGCAUUUGCAAUCAUAACAAUAUCAUGCUGGAUCUGCUGCUUCACGUCUUCUCCUGCAAUUGCAUGCCCCUUCCGUGAGAGAAAUCUUCUCCUGGAUUUCAAGGUAGCCAUUGUAGACGACUAUAACACUCUAAGGUCCUGGCAAGGAUUCAAUUGCUGCACGUGGAGAGGAGUCAGUUGUAACCUCCACACAGGCCACGUUUCUGGACUGGAUUUGAGUGGAUACAAUUUGGAAGGUAACAUCAGUUCAUCGCUGUUCCAACUUGUACAGUUGGAGCACCUCGAUCUUAGUCACAACCUCUUCAAGGGUAAAUUCAGUCUUCCCCAUAAUCGACAGUUGAAGAGUCUCACUUUUCUUGACUUGUCAUUUGCUGGAAAUGUAAAUGAAUCCUCACUGAGUUCUGUAAGGGAAUUUUAUGUGAGUUUGGAAAGCUUAUCAAAUCUGGUGAGCUUGGAAUACCUCUCUCUUGCUGCAGUGAACAUCUCUGCAGGCAAAGAGUGGGGUGAAGAUGUUGGCAGUCUCCCCAACCUUCAACAACUCAGCAUGUCUGGCUGUGGGCCAGGAGGACCAAUCCCCAAUUCCUUUCUCAACCUCACCUCUCUCCUUCAUCUCGAUCUAUCAGACAACUAUUUGUCAGGACAUAUACCUUCUUGGUUUGAAAAUUUGACUGCCCAGUUGCUCUCACUUGAUCUCUCUGGGAAUUACAAUCUUGGAGGAGACCUUUCUUUCAUUGGACAACGAAAGUCUUCUUUGUCACUAAGCAGCAUUGAUCUUUCAGGGACAGCCGUGAAGGGUGAGAUUCCAGCUGCUAUAGGGAAUUUGUUGUCCUUACAAAGUCUUGAUCUAUCAGCUACCGAAAUCGAAGGUGAGAUCCCAGCUGCUAUAGGGAAUAUGUCGUCCUUGGAAGAUCUUCUUCUCUCAAAUACCAGAAUUGAAGGUGAGAUUCCAGCUGCUAUAGGGAAUUUGUUGUCUUUAAAAAGUCUUCUUCUGUCGAAUACCAGAAUUGAAGGGAAUGUGUCGUCGUUGAAGAGUCUUGAUCUGUCUGACAACUCUAUUGAAGGUGAGAUUCCUCUCUCCAUAGUCAAUCUCUCUAAACUUGAUAACUUGAUUCUGUACAAAAGCAAGAUAACAGGGGUAAUCCCACCUUCGUUGGGAUCACUUUCUUCCCUUUCCUAUCUUGACCUCGGCUACAACAAAUUGACUGGUGCAAUACCAUCCACAGUUUCAGAUCUUGUUAACUUAAGAGUCCUUUAUCUAGACUCCAACAAUUUGAGAGGCUCCGUUUCUCUUUCUCUCUUCCACAAUCUCACUAGACUUGAAACUUUGUAUCUUUCCUACAAUCAUUUAACUGUGAGCAUUGAUUCAACAUGGAUUCCGCUGUUUAAGCUUCACUAUUUGGGACUAGGUUAUUGCAAUUUAGAUAGAAUUCCUUCGUUUCUUGUGACCCAAUAUGACUUGACGGAUCUGGACCUAUCUGCUAACAGUAUCCAAACAAAUAUUCCAUCUUGGAUAUGGAACUUACCCAGCCUUUAUAGUUUGAACCUUAGUUGUAAUAAAUUAACAGGGUCAUUGCCAUCUAGACUAACAUUACCCAACUAUUUUCACUAUCUAGAUUUGCACAAUAACAGCUUAGAAGGUGUUCUUCCUCUUCCUCCUACUGGUCCUCAUCUGCUGGAUCUGUCGAUGAAUCAGUUUAAUGGUUCUAUUCCUACUGACAUUGGUGCACAUCUUCAAAGUACAAGCUUCUUAUCCUUGUCGACGAAUAAUCUCAGCGGAGCGAUUCCAGAUUCUAUUUGCAGUCCAUAUUUGCAGGUUCUUGACCUUUCAAAUAAUACGCUGAGCAGUGUCAUUCCUCCUCAUUUAACCAGGAAUUGUUCUUCUCUUAGUGUUCUAGAUUUGGCAGAAAAUCAUCUGGAAGGUAAAAUGCCAGCAGAAUGGGGCAACAUUACAAAGAUUCAUACAUUGAGGCUCAAUGGUAAUCAUUUGAGAGGAGUUAUUCCCUCAUCCAUUUCAAAAGGCCGAUCUCUGCAAGUAUUGGAUUUGGGAAAUAAUGAUUUGGAAGGCACCAUUCCCCAGUGGAUUGGUAAGCUAUCACAGCUGCAUGUGUUGGUCUUAAGGUCUAAUCAUUUUCAUGGCAGUAUCCCACGCCAGGUAAUUGGCCUUCCGAAUCUUCAAAUUCUGGAUCUUUCUGGCAACCACCUUUCAGGAGCUAUUCCAAGCCACCUUACAAACUUGUUUGCAAUGGUCAAUGCAUCACAGAAUAAUUCAAACCAUCUAGAAGAACUCUUCUCAUAUGGUACGUAUACAAAUCAGAUUACAAUUUCCUGGAAAGGUCGGGAUGUUGAGUUUGUUAAAGUUCUUUUCAUUCUUAAAUGUAUUGAUCUCUCAAACAACUACUUAUCUGGGAGCAUUCCUCCCGAAAUGGGAUCUCUUCAAGGCUUGAUAGCCCUUAAUCUUUCAAGGAAUCAUCUCAAUGGCCGAAUCCCAAAAACAAUGGGAUGCAUGGAUCAGCUAGAGUCUUUGGACCUUUCGCUAAACAGGCUGAAUGGCAACAUUCCAUUAGAACUUCAGUUGCUGAGUUAUUUGCAGUUCUUGAAUCUGUCUCAUAAUAUGCUUGAUGGAAAGGUACCCCGCGGGGGGCAGUUUCUAACGUUUGGGGAGUCGUCCUACUUAGGCAAUCUUAAGCUAAGUGGGAUUCCAUUUACCAAUAUAACCGUCUGCAACAACUCUUCUGGCUUUGACAACUGCACAAGUAUUGAGAGAAGUGGUGAAGCAGAGAAUUCAGAUGGUGAAAUGAUAGGAUGGGCAGUGGGACUUGGAUUGAGUUAUGGUCUGGGAUUCUCUAUUGUGAUUGGAAUAUUGACUUUCAAUAAGAGUGUGAGAAAUAGAGCCUUCAAUUUGUAUGAUGUUGUAAUUUUAGCUGUUGAUCGGCGUAUACGAGGGAACAGAUGA